GGAGAAGGAAUACUGGCUCCUUGGUAGCCAGUCGCUUCGCCGGCUUAGUCAACGGGGCUUCUUCGAGCCGGACGGGCGAAUCCCUGUAGUUGAGCAGGAACCCGCCCUCUUGUUGGGCUGAGGAGUUAAAAUAGUCCCGCGUGCCCUUGCCCGGCCGCCGCCUCUAAAGUUGGCUCCGCGUCUCUUGGUUUACUCCGGGGAAAGGGGAAGCAGGUCUGGGGAGUGCAGAGAGGCUAAGUGCCUUUUACCAUACACGGAAUAAUCCUACUCAGAAUCGUGAUGGCUCAAUAGCCCGUGUAUCCCUCCGCCCGCCCGAGGGGAGAAGGGGAGAGUUGUUGUUUGGCAGCGCCCCCUCACCUCGCUUCGGCAUCUCUGGGGGCCCCCCCAGGAUCCCCUUCCCGCCUGGGAAUAGUGGGGACGGUGAUGGGACUGAGCGGCCCCUGGCUUCCCCAGGACGACCUCGCACGGUCUGUUGGGUGGUGGUUGGAGCCAAAAGUAGCAGGUUGAUGCCUCUCCUUGGAGCUGAGGGGACUACCUGGCAGCCUUUCUUCCUGGAGCCCCCACGUGCUGGACCCUCAACUUGAAAGCCUUUGGCCAUCUUGCUUGUUGAGCUGUGCCCCUUAAUCGCCUCAGGCCUCCAAUAUGUCCAGUGUAUUGAGACAGCGAGGUUGGCUACUCUACCUGGCUUGAAGUAUAAGCUGGGCCAUGCAGUUGACUUGGGCAAAGUCUUGCCUUUUUCAACCUUGGCUCCCCACUCUAAAAUGUGGAUGAUCAUAAUUUGCUUUACUGGACUGUUAAGAGGAUUAAUUUGGAAAGCGCAUUGCACAGGGAAGAAGUGUAUAUAGAGUUUUGUGUCCUUGACCGCCAUCUUGUUCUGCUUGGGUGUAGCUCUUCCCCAAUAAGUAUUAUUAUUAUUAUUUAUUAACACAGUCAGACAGGUGUUAUUGACUGGUUUGUUUUAUCCAGACAUCGAGUCCUUCCCAAGGACCUGGGAUGGCUGAAUUUUAUUGUCAAUGUUAUUGCUGUUGUUAUAGAUUCCAUCGCAGAAUAUAUUAUUAUUAUUAUUCUCUUUCGCUCAGAGCAGAGUAAUGAACUAUAUUAGCACCCUGGAUGCUGACAUUUGUAAUUAUUACUACUGAACUGAAUUUAAAUAGUCUACGUAGUGUAGCUUAACUGUUGUAAACAUAAAGGAAGACAUUCUUGAAAAUUGCUUAACAUCAUUUGAGUUUGCUUUUAUAACCAAGGAAAUUUACUUAUUUUGUUCUCAUUGGCUCUCUCAUUAAGUUAUAGCUAGUUACAGAAAUGUAAGGUGACCCGUGGAUAAUUUAUAAUAAGAUGGUGAUAGUUUGGUUUACAGCUUCAGAAAGUCUAAAUCCACCAAUUCAGACGUGCUCAUAUAUACUUGACUAGGUUAAAAAUCCACAGUUUUUUUCCUAAAAUAUGAAUUAGAUUAUCAUAAUGUAACAUUGCAAGUUGCUAUAUCUAUUUAUAUUUUUAUCUAAUACAAGUGAAUAUAUAAAUGACAGUAUUUUAUCUAGAAUACUUACAAAAUAUGGGAUGUUUUGUAUUCUAAGUUGAUUAGUAGACUUAAAACUUUGACCCUCGCCCUCCAAGUAAUAUGAUUGGAUAUAGUUGAUUGCAUUGCAUGUAGGUCAUAAAGCUAAGCCAAGAGCUUGUUUUUCACCUUUACAAUAAUUAUAUAUUUUAUAUUCUAGACUUCAGUGUGUAUAAGGGCAGACCAAUGUUGUUAUAAUUUUGAUAUUUGGUUUCUGUGCUUUUGAUGCUUAUAGUUGAGACAUGAUGGGUACCUGCACAGAACAAAUCUUUCUCUGAGACAUUUUAAUGCUUGCAGUUAUUUAGUGUAACAUCUCUCCUGGUAGCUGCUAUUUGGAAUACCCUAAGUUUAAGUAAAAUAUUUAAUUUUUACUCAUAAAUAAUCCAAUGUGUGUGUUUCCCCAAAAACUAGUGAUGUUUGUACUGUGUUUAAGCUUGCAAGGUCCUGGUCACCAUUAUACACAUGUGGCCCCCACAAUCCUAUACUGUUCAGCACAUGUUUACCCAGAAGUAGGUUCCAUUAAGUUCAGUGGGAUUGAUUAUCUAAUAAGUGGAUUUUAGAUUGCAGUGUUCAGGAUAGUCAUCUUUCCUGUAAAUAAAUUAUCUCAUGUUUCAUUUUUAAAAUUCUCUUCAUGGUGUUUUGAAGAACAGCUGAAUGGCGGGUUGCUUGUUAGAGUGCAAAUAGGAGAUGAAAAUAUGAGGCCUUUUUGUACAUAUUUCUGUUGAAUGAGACUUCUUGAUCUUUGACUUUAUGACUUUCAUCUAUUGGGAAAGAAAAAUAUUGUACAGGCUACUGAAGUAUGGAAUUGUACUCUUUUCCUAAAAAGGCUGUAAAUAACCAUUUGGUUGCCUGUAAUGAAUAGAAAUUUCCUCCUAGUGAUCAGGAAGAAGCUUUAACUGCCCCCCCCAGGCUACAGAUGACUCACAUGUGGACAGAUAGCUGAGAAAAUCCUGGAACUCUGAAAAUAUUUCAGUACAAGAAAUAUUGAAGAACACAAGAAUAGAGGUGGUUUAUUUUUGUUUUUUAAAAAUGCCAUCUGAACAAGAACAAGAAUUUUGCAUUAAAGAGACAAGCUUAUUAGAAGAAAAUGUGUUGGAUGGAAUGCGUGCCCCUAUAUUGGAAACUUCUGUUGGAAAGUCUCCACCUCAACCUUCAAUUUCAGACAUUCUCGCCUAUGGACUAAAAAACUUAAAAAUAGAACUGCCUCAGAUAAACAUCCCAAAUGAAGUUAUACUUAAACAUGAGAUUGUCAGAUACAUGAAAGUAUUUCAGUGUAAAGAGAAACCUGCAAGAGCAUCUUUCAUUCAAGAGGAAGUGAAUGGAAGCUAUUUGAACUCUUCUGAGAUAUGUACUUCACAUAGUAAACAAGAACUGCGCUAUGAAGAGGGAUUGAAAACAUCAGCAAAAAUACUGAAUUUUAGCUGUACAAAAUGCAGAAACAACAUUAAGUACAGCCCAAAUGACCUACAGAAACAUUUCCUGCUAUUUCAUCAUGGAGAGUUGCCAUCUUAUCCCUGUGAAAUGUGUAACUUUUCAGCGAAUGACUUUCAGUCAUUUAACCAACAUCGUCGAACACAUCGUAGCACUUUAGUAAAAUGUGAAAUCUGUAAUGAUGAUCAUAGAUAUACAUUGUUGGACUUGACAAAACAUUUCACUUCUAAGCAUUGCAUAAAUGGCCAUUUUCAAUGUGAAAGAUGUAGGUUUUCUACCCAGGAUGUAGGAACUUUUGUUCAGCAUAUUCAUAGACACAAUGAAAUACAGUAUAAAUGUAAUAAAUGUCAUCAUGUAAGUUUUUCGAAAGAAGAGUUUCAAAAACAUGUUGUUGCACACACUGGCACAUUUCCCUUCAGUUGUCAGUAUUGUAACUACAUGGCAUCUCGGAAGAACUAUCUUUUAAAACAUAUUAUUACCUUGCACAGAGACCACCUCUAUGCAAAAGAUAACAUGGGCACAGAUAACAGUGAAAAAAAGCUGAAGACCUCAACAGGACUAAAACUUAUUUUAAAAAGAUACAAAACAGGUGCAUCAAGAAAGGCAUUAUGGAGACGCAAAAGAAUUACUAGUGGCAACUGCAGAAUUGGAGAGGAGGAUGGAAAUGUUCCCAGAAGCAUGAAGAUUCCACCUAAAUGUGAAGAAGAACUAGGUCAAUCUGCAAAAGAGCUACACUUAACUGAAGACCAAAUUUUUCAAAAUGAAAAGCAUGUCCACAGUGAAGCCAAAUCCUCUUCAGCAACACAAUGCAAUAGAGCAGAAGAUGGAUUGGGUUCUGGAUUGGGCUUGUUGAAAAAAGCUGUUCAUGGUCCUACGGUUUUGAUGGUAAAAAACAAUAAGAUCUCUGUUCCAGCAAACUACAGUGCUAAAUUUAUGGGAUUCAAAGUGGUGGAUGGAAAGCAACAUAUAGUAAUAAAGUUGUUACCUACAGAUAAACAGAAUUUGCCAGCAGGAAAUAAAUGUGAUGGGGUGAAAGAUGGUUCAACUGAAUGUCUACAACAAACAGCUGACAACUUCAGCUUGCCUUCGAGUGCUGGACUUCAUGAAACUAACCAACAAAUGUCUAGGAAUAAUUCUGUUCCUUCAUUAAAAUCAUCCCCGCUGUCAUUUUCUAAUCAAAAAAUAAAGCAAGAAAAUAACAGUGAUUUUAGUUGGAAUAUGUCUCAAACUGUUGCACCACCUAUUGUAUUAGGAAAAUGUGCAAAUCGUCUGCCAGUGAAAUCAGAUUCUUCUACUCUUCCUUGUGAUUUGGUGGCAAAGGCUGGAACUAGAGGUUCUGUCUCAUGGAGGAACUGUAUACCUCAAGAUCAUACUCAGGUAUUAUCUUCUGCUGGUACACACAUGCUUCAUUAUGAUCCCAUGAAAAAGCCCUUUCCUUCAGAAUUCAAAGCACUGAAUGGUGAAGUGAACAACAGCAGUAAACACAAUAACGUCUAUUGCCCAACUGACUUUUCCAAUCAAGCACCAUUACCUUUUCAUAAUUAUUCUAAAAUAGGUAUCUUGGAUAAAACAAAAGAUCUUAUGUCUAGCAAAACUUUUCCUCUCCAAAGCAGCCCUAUAGGUGAAACCACAGCUUGUUUUCCACAAUCGGCAACAGGGUCAAAUAUGGAAAAAAGACCGUCUUUGCUUCCAUUUUAUGGCUAUGUAAAUACUAAGAAUACUCCAGUAUUUCCGAACAGCCAGCCUACCUAUGCCGUUGAAAGGCCGUGUUAUACAGAAAAUCAUCAUGAUGGCAAGCGAUAUUUGAAUACUAAGGUAAAUCAAAUGUUGGACCAUGUAGUUGAGAAAUCAAAACAUGAAAAUGCCUCUAAUGGUGUUAAUUCAUUUAUGCCUAAAAUAACAUCGGUUUUCUCACUCCAAAGUAAUCAGGCAUCCAGUUAUUUGUCACCUGAACUAAACCAAUCAUUACAAGAUGUGUUAAAAGGACAGCCAGCUACUCGGUCACAAAAGCACAUAACUGCUUAUGAUCAGUCUUUUCUAAAUAGUCAAACAGAUUGUAAAGCAUUUAACUACUUCAAAGACCCAACAGCUUUGUGCAAUUUAGCCCAUUUUCCUGCUAAAUUCAGGGGAGAAAGAAAUAUGAAUUACAGUGCAACAAAUGAAGGUGUACCUUUUCAGAAUGAAAGACAGGUCCCAAUAAGAUCUCUUAGAACAGAAGAGAGAAGCUUGGCUUCAAGGACAGCUGGUGUUGGCACACUGCUUAAAGCUCAAACAGACAAAAUUAUAACGCAACAGUUGGCGAAAGACAAGAUGCACUUCAAUAUCCAAGGUCCUAACACUAUCCGUCCAACGCUUCCUGAACAGAAGAAACCCGUGCUACUUCAGUCAUCUCCACCAAGAUUUUUUGUACCUUUGCGCCUUGCCCAUCAACAGGGAUUACAAGUUAUUUCAGGAAAGCAUUCUCCAAAAAUGAAUUCAUCAGAUGCUCAGGCAACAAGAAGUGCAGCUACACCUUUGCUUUUAAAUAGAGGACCUGGAAUGAUACUGACAUUUGGUAGUGGGUCACUUGGAACAAUUGCAAAUGCCACUGAAAAUUCUCAGGUUGUAGAGACCUUUGCAUCUAAAGUGUGUGGUAAAUCAGUGAUGGAAUUGAAAACAGAUAGUUCUAGAAACAUAAGACGUUCUUCUAGUCUUAGUGCAUGCAGUGGGGCAGUAAGUGCUUCUUAUGUUGGCAUGCCACGGAAGGAGCAAUUUAAUGUUACACAUUCAGAGAGCAGAAUUUCUUCUGUGAAGGUACUUGCUGGAUAUCAAGGCAGUAAGGUCGGCUCCCCUGAAUCCAAACAGCAGGAAAUUGGACAAGAACAACCUGUUUAUGCACUUUUGCCUGAUGGCAGACAAGCAGUUUUUCUGAAAUGUAUGUCGCCAAACAAAUCUCUAGUACAGAACCAUAAUGUUUGUCAAAGUACUUCUUAUAGUCAUAAUUCUGAACCAAAGAAACCUGGAGCAAUGCAGCAAAAGCUUUUUUUAAAAAUUAAGACUGCUCCUGCUGCUGCGAACUGUCAACCAGUUAGCAACAUUGUGUCAUCUUUACAACUCAAUAGUAUGCAUUCCCUUAAUAGUCCUGCACUAGAACAGAGAAAGACAACUCUUUCUUCUAGCAAUGCCUUACUCUUACAAAGCAGAUUGAUGCCAGCAAGCGCAUGUUUGACAAGUGAUAAAUCAAAAAAUGCUUUCACCUCUGUAGAAUCUGUUUGUUCCUCUGAACAUGUGAAGACACGGUCACAAAAAACCCCAUCUGAUUUGGCUCAAACAGUAACUGCUAACAAAGGGAGCAGUUUUGGAAGCCAAAUGUCAACAGGGACAAUGACAAACAAAAUUUCGAGAGCUAAACGUCAUUCAAAACAAAUUGGUGCUAAAUUUUCUGAUGCUACAGUUUCACAGAAGAACAAAAAAUUGAAACGAAGAGCUAAGGAUGACCUUCAGGAACCUCCUAGAAAGAAAAUGUUGCAUCGGAAGUGUAAACAGAAAAACCAGAUGGAUGCCAGUGAAUUGGAAUCCUUGAUCCAGGCCCCUUGUAGACCAAAAGUGUCAAAAGACACUGUGAGGAUUCUAAAAUUACUUCCUUUUAAUUCCAAGCAACUGGUCAAAUGCCCUCGAAGAAAUCAGCCGGUCGUAGUACUAAAUCAUCCUGAUGCAGAUGUUCCGGAAGUAGUAAAUGUUAUGAAAACUAUUGCUAAAUUUAAAGGACAUGUUCUAAAGGUCUCUCUGUCAAAGAGAACUAUUGAUGCUCUUUUGGAGCCAGCAUAUUACAAUAACAGUUUGUACAUAAUUACUGAUGAUCUCUCUCAAAGGAAAUGCAGAAUGCUAAAACCUGUUAGUCCUGUAAAAGAAAGAUUUGUUUUAAAAUUAACACUGAAGAAGACUAGCAAAAACAAUUAUCAGAUUGUGAAAACUACCUCUGAUAAUACACUGAAAACUAAAUUUAGUUGCUGGUUUUGUGGGAGGAUAUUUGACAAUCAGGACAACUGGGUGGGGCAUGGACAGCGUCAUCUAAUGGAAGCAACUCGAGACUGGAAUUCAUUAGCAUAAUUUAUUAUGGUUGGUGAAGAAUGCAAAAUAAAUUACACCUGAGUGCAAAUUAUUUUGGAUGGCAGCAUCAUACUAGCUGCAUUUUUUUAAAAAAAGAACCAGUUUUGUGAUAGCACCUAAAAUGAACUUGUAUGAAUUUAAAUCAAAGUUACAAUUGCAGUAAAAAUUUCAUUUUGUUACUAUCAUGUUAUAUAUUUUUAUUUAGAGAAUGAAUUUCAGGGCUUUUUGUUCUGUGUAUAAGUAUGUAUAAAAAUCAAGAUGUGUACAUAUUUUUGUACUUCAGUUAUUUGCUAUAAAAUCUUGCACAGGAAUUGUAUUUUUCCAGCUCUGUGCAUGCACUACUAAAAAAGGUUUUUCAGCUACA